AUGAAGUUUGAUACUGGCUAUCCGGCUGAUUCUGUUGAGUUCUGUCCUGCUCGUGGAUUCGAAGAUUUCUUUGUAUGUGGAACCUACAAGCUCUUAGAAAACACGCCCUCCGAGUCCUCAGGCUCGUCAAACCUGGCUAGUUCUCGAAAGAGGAUAGGCAAAUGUAUGCUUUUCAAAAUCACGGAAGGAGAUGAUGGCGAUGAAUUAAAAGUCCUUCAGGAGAUUGAUAUGCCUGCCAUUUUGGAUAUGAAAUGGUCGCAUUCUUCCAACCGCCUUGCUGUUGCAGACUCUGAAGGACGUAUCUCUCUGCUUCAGCUGGACACGGAUGAACAACUGCAUGAAAUCCAGACUGUCCAAUGUCGACCCACAGAAACUCUAUGUUUAUCAUUAGAUUGGUCUGAUCGACGAAACGAAAGUGAAGCUGGACGUAUCGCCGUUUCUUGUUCCGACGGGACACUGUCCAUCUUGACCCCCGACAAUACUGGGACAUUUUGUGAAACGGAAUCUUGGCAUGCACACGAUCACGAGCCUUGGAUAACUGCAUGGGAUUACUGGGAUACGAACGUCCUCUAUUCGGGCGGGGAUGAUCUUAGGCUGAAAGGCUGGGAUGUUCGACAACGUGGCUCAUCGCCGACUUUCGUAAACAAAAGGUUUGACGCAGGAGUAACUUCUAUUCAAAGUCACCCACACAAAGAACACAUUCUGGCUGUCGGAAGCUACGCUUCGACAGUGCACAUCUUCGACACUCGAAAACCACUCGUGCCAAUCACUCAAGCCGAUGUAGGAGGUGGGGCUUGGCGCAUCAAAUGGCACCCACACGAAUCAAGAAGUACAGACUUAUCAGUCGCGUGUAUGCACGACGGGUUCAAAGUCGUUCGAUUUUCACCUUCUGUCGUCUCGCCCGAUAGCACGAUGAAACACGAAGAGAAUGAACGAGAAUGGGAGAUCGUCAAACGGUUUGAUGAACACGAAAGCUUGGCUUAUGGUGUCGAUUGGUCACAUAGGAGGGUUGGAAAAGACGAGGAGACGGUAGUUGCAAGCUGUUCCUUCUACGAUCACGCCUUACAUCUUUGGAGGGUGUAGAUGUUAGAAUACGGUAUCAUUCUAGCUGAACAUUAAUAUAUGAUUGUUGAAUAUCGUUCGUGUAUAUCGAACAAUCUAGUUGUCCGUAGUCCUUAGUAGCCUCUAGGCACCCCUUUUGUGAUAAACAUUACUGUCCAGCGACUCAGUCCGCGUAACGACUCGGGAUAAUGACGAGAAGCAGUAAGGAUGGAAGCCAGAGACAGGACGAAUGUGAGCCUUUCUAUGACCUUCAAACUUCUCGAGCCGCUCUUCAACCAAGACUCGCUGAGGAGUGUCCGGAGUGCUCGAGGCAGAACAUACAACGCUAUUUCUGCCCGUCUUCUACCCUGUUCUAUCCAAAUACUACCACCACACACCAAACAUCCGGCCAUAAUACAACCAAAAGGCCCAUCAAGGAAAUUAUGAGAUAAACGAGGGAAUAGCUUCGCGACUGCCAGAGUACGCGUAAAGCAUACCGCCGACCAUAUUGAGGAUAUGAAGAUGGAUAAAAAGAGCGAUGAUCGGAAUAAGGCGAAUGCGAGUUUCCUGAUCUUUAUGAAGCUGAGGAGCUCGUAAGGUCGUGUAAUCAAGACAGGUAGGAUGUGUACUGGGGUGUAAAUCGCGAGUCCUUCGAGGAAACCCAUUCCACCUCUCACUAGCGAGUUUGCAGCACAGCUGCCAUGCACUCCUCCCGACACGACGGUGCUACCCACACCGCCAUGUACGAUUUCGCAAGGCAGACCGCCAACACCGGAUCGACCUUUCACGCCGAGUCGUUUCCAGGUAUCAUCAGCAACCUUACCGCCGCGGGCCGGAAUGAGUAAGGUGUCGCCCCAAGAACGUGGAUAUCCCAGGUCCUCGGCCAUUGAUGUCAAUAGUGUGUGGGAUUGCUCCAAUCCAUAACCCCACGUCCCUUCCUUAAGCUUGCGAAGUGCUAGCAAUAGGCGUUGAUCUACGUUUGCUAAUGCUCCAAUCCAUCUAACGUAACUUCGUGGUAGCCUUUCUGGUCGAUAGAAGAAGCACCACAUUAUCCUCGCAGAUGCAGCCCAAAAAAAUAAUGCGUCAAGUUUGUUCGUGAGCACCAUAGUUCGCUCUCGAGUGCGGUGUUUCUCCUCAGGAGAUCGUUCAUUGCGUUCUUUCCUUUGAGCCGUGUCUUCAGAUUUUUCCGCGUUGCGAAGGAACAGUGUUUGGACGAUCGAGUCCAUCGCCCUCACGAAUAACAGCAGAGUCAGGUCUAGUGUCGCCGGCGACUUCUUAUCUCCCGAUUCUUGGGGUACCGUGAACGGUAUGUCGGCUC